AUGCUCUUCUCCAAGUGUGGCGACGAUGCCUCAAUUGGACCUAGCGUGCGAAACUGCCGCGACGGGUUUGAUUUCACGAUACACUUUGAAAAUCUGACUUUUGCAAUUGCACCAUCGGCUGCGUUUGUAGUCGUGUCGUUGAUGCGCUUGCUUCGGCUGCGGCAGAGACCGGCCAUGGUUCAGUCGGGCGGCGUUCUCUACCCCAAAAUGAUUACAUCAAUCAUUUUUUCAUGCUUGCAGGUGGCACUUGUUGCACUUGUAACGACGCAGCCCGUCGAUUCAGCCCCGACCUUGGUUGCCGCCAUGGCGUGUCCAUUGUUGGCCGCCUUGUGCAUGACAGCUUUGUCCUAUCUCGAGCACCAAAGAUCACCACGGCCAUCUCUGCUACUAGCCGGGUAUCUCUUGAUGACCACGUUUCUCGACAUUGCUCGGUGUCGAACCUUUUGGCUGGCCUCGGCUGUUGGACGAGAAAAGGCCGUCGCAGCAGUCUUUACCGCCGCGACCGCUACCAAGGCCAUGUAUCUGGCUCUAGAAUCUGUACACAAGAGGAAAUGGAUUCGGUGGCACGACGAUAAAACGCACAGCCCCGAAGAGACCUCGGGUCUCAUUAGCCUAGGCGCCUACGCAUGGGUCAAUUCGCUGUUUCUCCAGGGCUAUAGAGAGAUCCUGCACCUAGAAGGACUGUUUCCACUCGACACUGCGAUGAGGAGCCGAAAGUUAUACCACAACUUCGCUCAGAACCUGGACUAUGAUUUGCUCAAAAGAGACAAGAAUGGGCUGUUAAGAGCUCUGGCCCGCACGAUAGCCGUGUCUUUGCUGCUCGCCGUGCCGCCACGUUUAUCCGUCGUCGGCUUCACCUUUUGCCAACCAUUCUUCAUCAAUACACUUCUCGACUUUCUCUCUCAAAGUCGCAGCAAAGAAUCACAAAAUACAGGAUAUGGGUUGAUUGGCGCAAGCAUAUUGAUAUAUGGUGGCAUGGCUUUCUCCAUGGCGACAUAUUUGUAUUUACGCACCCGAUCACUUCAAAUGGUGCGCGGAUGCUUGGUCUCCGCCAUUUACGUCAAAUCCACUGAAAUACCCCAAACUGGCGAUGAGCCUGAAGCUCUGACCCUCAUGAGCGCAGACCUAGAGCGUAUUCGCUUUGGCUUGAGAUCCAUGCACAAUCUAUGGGCAAGCCCUAUUGAGAUUGGCCUUGCAAGCUGGCUGCUAUACAGGCAAUUGGGUCUUGCCUUUUUAGCUCCCGUUAUUGUUGUGACAUGCUGCGCCGGCGUCAUUGCUCUGACAGUCAGAUAUAUUGGAAGUGCGCAGAAGAACUGGAUGGAUUCUGUUCAGAAAAGGACAGGUCUGACAUCAUCUCUUGUCGCGCGAAUGAAGGCGUUGAGAAUGUCAAACCUAGCUACACCAAUCAUCAACUCCAUCCAGAAUCUCCGCGUCGAAGAGCUGGCUGCUGGAAGCCGCUUCCGAGGGCUGCUCGUCGUCUCGGCAGUAAUUGGCUUUGUUCCAUUGCUUAUGUCGCCCGUAUUUACCUUUGCCGUCACACAAAAGUCCCUCGACUCGGUCAAGAUAUUCACUUCUCUCUCGUAUAUGGUACUACUGGCAAACCCUCUCUCCCAGCUAUUCCAAGACAUUCCCCAAAAAGAUUUCCGAUCUUCCAAUGGCGAACCUGAGAAAAAGGAAAACAAUGAUGCUCGUGCCGGCCGUGGCAUCAGCGUACGCAACGGGAGUUUUGGCUGGGAAGCAGGCAACAUGACCCUCAAGGACAUCGACAUGCAGAUUCGACCGGGCACGUUUACUAUAAUCUGCGGUUCCACCGCGUCCGGCAAGUCAACCUUGUGCAGCGCGUUGCUUGGCGAGGUUCCAUUCCACACCGGGGAUAUCAUCAUCGACAACAAGAGCGCCCCUAUAGCCUACUGCAGCCAAGAACCAAUUCUUUUCAACGGCACCAUCAAGGACAAUGUGCUGGGUGGACACUGUCCCGACAAAGCAAGAUACGACGAGGUUUUACAUGCGACCUUGUUGCAAUCAGACCUCCAGUCCGAAUCACUUCCUCUUGGCGACCAAACGAAUAUCGGAAGCAACGCCAUCGCUCUGUCAGGGGGGCAGAAACAGCGUCUCGCCCUAGCGCGAGCUUUGUUCGCAAACACAAGUCUGAUCAUACUGGAUGACGUGUUUAGUGGCCUUGAUAACAAAACGGCAAAGCAGCUCUUCAAAAAUGUAUUUGGAAGUGGAGGGCUGCAGCAGCAACGUCAAUGCACUGUCAUCCUAUGUUCCAACAUCACGAUGCACUUUUCACAUGCUGAUUUCAUUCUGGCUUUAGGGCCGGAUGGAAGCGUUGUUGAACAGGGGUCCUUCUAUGAACUCAUGCAACUUGAAAACGGGUACAUCAAGACACGCUACACAGAUACUGUGGAUUGUGUUGUGGCAGAGCAGGAUGCAAUCAGCACCUCUGCCAAUGAUGGGCUUCAGGAGCCAUUGCAAGAAGAUGCAAUCAAAAGCGAGCCAAAAGGUUUCGGCCAAGACUCAAAGCGACAAAAGGGAGGUCAUGGCACAUACAAGCAUUAUCUUCAAACUGUCGGCUAUAUGCUUUCUCUCUCAAUUCUUGUCUGGGGUGCUGCGAUUGGUUUCUCGCAAAACUUCCCAACUGUCUGGUUGACUUACUGGGGUAAUGACAUGUCUUCAUCCGCGUCUCAGCAUUCUUCAACUUAUUACAUUGGAAUUUAUGCGCUUCUUAACGUGGGCUGCAUUAUGUGUCUGGCUGGACUUGGCAUCACGGUAUUCUAUGUUGCUGUUUCGAAAGCCGGGGCCAAGUUGCAUGGCGAUGCGCUGAGCACACUUCGGCGCGCUCACAUGUCGUUCUUUGCAGAGACAGAUCAAGGAAAAAUUGUCAAUCUGUUUAGCCAGGAUAUGAACUUGAUUGACACGGAGCUUCCAAGUGCGCUCCUCAAUGGCGUCAUGUCAGUGUCCAUGGCUAUUGGUCAAGCUGCGGUCCUCACCACCACGUCGCCUUAUCUGGCCAUCAGCUAUCCCUUUCUCAUCGGAUUUCUCUGGGUUAUUCAGCAUUUCUACUUGAGGACUUCUCGUCAGCUACGGCUCUUGGAUCUGGAAGCCAAGAGCCCCUUGUAUGCCCACUUUACGGACAUUUCGAAAGGAAUCGUCACGAUUCGCGCUUUUGGACUUGUGCACAAACACAUCGAGAACGGUUUCCAACUUCUAGACGACUCCCAGCGACCGGCGUACCUUCUUGGUAUUGUUCAGAACUGGCUUAUCAUGGUGCUGGACUUUGUUACGAUGGUCAUCGCUGCUAUGCUGAGCUCGCUUGCCGUUACGCUUCGAUCCAGUACAGGCUUUACAGGCGCUUCACUCGUGACCUUGAUGUCGUUUGGAGAUCAAUUGACGCAAAUCGUGAUUUUCUUGACACUGCUUGAAACCAGUCUUGGUGCAAUCACAAGGCUACAAGAUUUUGGUGCCAAUGUGACUUCAGAGGAAAAGACUUCGGAGGUAGUCAAACCACGCGAAGGCUGGCCACAACAUGCGAGUCUCGAACUUACCAAUGUUUCCGCAAGUUACAGUACGCCAACUGAAGGCAAACCGCCCGCGCUUGCGUUGCGAGACGUAAACUUGACGAUUCGCGAUGGUGAAAAAGUCGCGAUAUGCGGGCGCACAGGCAGUGGGAAAUCCAGCCUCAUUUCUCUGCUCCUGAAGCUCCUGGAUCCAAUGCCCACUGAAGGGAGCUCGAUCAUGGUCGAUGGCCUGUCGCUGGACCAGAUAGACCGUUCCACUCUACGGGCUCGAUUCAUCGCAGUUUCACAGGACGCUGUUUUCCUGGCCGACGGUACAACAUUCCAUGAAAAUCUAGAUCCGUACGCCGAAGCCGGCGCUCAUGAUUGCCAAGCCGCUCUAGAAGCAGUCACCCUUUGGCCAUACGUCCACGACCGUGGCGGACUGAAAUCAGCCAUGAAUCCUAGCUCCCUGAGCGCCGGGCAGAAGCAGCUUUUUGCUUUUGCAAGAGCCAUCGUGCGUCACAAGCUACGUGUCAAGCAAUCAGACAACAACCGAGAGGGCGUGGCAGACCAAAAUGGUGGAAUAUUGCUGCUCGACGAAGUCAGUGCUAACAUCGACCAGGAGACGGAGCUCGUGAUGCAAGAAGUCAUCGGAAUCCAGUUUGCAGAAUACACUGUUGUCGCGAUAGCGCACAGACUCAACAUGAUUAUUGACUAUGACCGAGUUGUUGUCAUGGAUCAGGGACGCAUAGUGGAAAUGGGAAAUCCGAGAAUACUCUCUCAGCAACAGGGGUCACGAUUUCAUGCAUUGUGGCAAGCCGGAACGUCUUAA